AUGAAACGCGGAGGGGAAAACAGACAGAGAGCAAGGUUGCAUCAAGCAUCAGCUGAUCGCUUACUGUACGCCAACAGAAGAUUAUAUCCCGGCACCGCAUGGCAGGUUGUGCGGGCUUAUGAAGGCAGCUCGUUCAUCCCAGGCAGGUGCGCUGAUCGCAGAUCUCCUACAGCCGUGCGGAGGUGCGCCCGCAGCGGAGAGGGAACGCCCUUGGCCGUGGCCCGUGGUGCUCUCACUGGAGCACACAGAUGGAUGAGUGGCGGUGGCAGGAGUCUGAGCCGCAACACACCGAGUCAUCCUCUCAGAGAGCAGGAAGUCAGCCUGGGACAGGUGGUUGAGGGGACGCCAGCGAGGAGGAGCGUGAGGAAGGGUGAGGAAGGGGCCAUAGACGGUCGAGAGAGGAGGGACGAGCGCUGGAGCGUCCUCCUGCCGCCACAAAGACGAGGAGGAGCGGAGAGGUGGAUGAUGGGAGCCUCUCACGGGAAGAAGAGGGCGUACGACAUUGCUCAGCAGCACGGUGAUCGGAAUGGAACGCGGCCACAAAGAGCUUCAGCGUACGCAGACUUGCAGCAGCACCGGUUCGACAAUGUCCACAGAAGGACAAUGCCCGCGUCCUGCCACAUCCCCUCGCCCGACUACCUGGAGGGAGACGAGGACCCGGAUCUCAUCAAGCCUAGAAAACUGUUGAAUCCGGUGAAAAGUUCCAAGAGUCACCAGGAGCUUCACCGGGAGCUACUGAGUAGCUGCAAGCGGAGUGGGGUGAGCGUGGAGACCAAACCAGAGCUGCAGAGAGUCCUGGAAUCCAGGAAGAGAGAUCAGCUGAUGCGGCAGAGAAGAGAGGACGAGGUCGCUCGAAGGAAGAUUUCUCCUCUAGAAGCUGAACUGAGGAAGAGACACCAGAAACUGGAAGAGAUGGAGCUCCGGCAGGAGAAAGAAGAAGUGGAAAAGCUAAAGGCUCCUGAGUUUGUCAAAGUCAAAGAAAACCUGAGACGGACGUCAUGUGCUAGUAAAGAAGAGAAAGAAGUGUAAAAGAGGACCCGCUGUCCCUCAGGGACUGCACAUAACCAUUGCAGACAUGAGUUGGCGUGAUGAGAAGACGCUGAGACAAGGCUGUGAGGACACAAAAGCUUGUUGUGUGGACCGCCGGCUUGGUAUGUUGUUGACAUGAUGAAGGACACUGAGGUCAUGUGGAAGGACAUGUCCACAUCAGGGUGAAAGUUUCUCAGGAGUUUGAGAUGGGCACUGUGGACAGUCAGAUAAGCGACCAACCUCUUUGAGACGUGGAAGUGUCUUUCACUCAAACCCACUAUGAUGACUAAAUGAGCCACAUUACAGGAUUAAUGUGUCAUUAAUUGAAAAAGUCAUACUUAUUGGUUAUAUUAAAACCGUUCACAGAAAGGUUCAUAACACGUAAUCAUGUGCUUCAUUAUCAUUAAUGACACUUAAGUGUCACAGUAAACUCAACAGAGUAAUUUUUUAUUAGCACUUAAAUAUUUUAUUUUUUAAAUUAAUAAAUGUUCUGACAACACCAUCAAAAUUAUUUGAAGCAUUUGCUGAUUAAAAAACUAAUCCUGCUGUUGAAAAUCUUCAUUUAUAUGCCAAGAUAUUCAAAACAUAUUAUUGAGGGCUGUCCAAGAUGAACAAAAAAAAUAAAGUACUUCAAACUAAGGAUUUGGGGCAUUUUUAAUGUUUUUAAUUGUAAAGUAUUUUCCGACAGCAGAAAAGCGUUUGAGUGAUGUUUUACAAUAGCCACUAGAUGUCGCUCUUUCAACUUAUUUCCUCUCUACGACAGCGACUGAAGACUCUCGUCCUGUAACCGGAAAUCAGAAUCAGAAUCAGAAAUACUUUAUUAAUCCCUGAAGGGAAAUUAAAAUUUUCAGAAUUAAAUACUAAUUUAGUGUCCUAAAUCAUUAACUUAGAUAGAUUAUGGCCUGGCACACGAAUAAACCACAGUAACCUCGACUAUGUGUAUGUACAAACCCCGUUUCCAUAUGAGUUGGGAAAUUGUGUUAGAUGUAAAUAUAAACGGAAUGCAACGAUUUGCAAAUCCUUUUGAACCCAUAUUCA